AUGCGAAUGCUCUUCGGAUCAUCAGUGAUUCCAGUCUUCCCCAAGUUCACUCACACUUUCUCUCUCUACAUAUCAAAUCGAUCUCUCUCUGUAGCAGCUUACGCGACCAUGGCCACCGCCGCCGACUUUGUCAAAGGGAACGUCUUACCAAACGGUGUUGCUGUUAUCACCCUCGAUCGUCCAAAAAGCUCUCAACGCCAUGAAUCUAGAUAUGGAUUUAAGGCAGCUCAUCACGUGCUUUUUCAGCAGGAAUGGAUAUUAAGGGGGUUGUUGCUGAAAUCCAAAAAGGACAAAAACACACCUCUUGUGCAAAAGGUAUUCGCUGCUGAAUAUUCUCUUAUUUGCAAAAUAUUUGAGUACAAAAAGCCAUACAUAAGCUUCAUGGAUGGUGUAACAAUGGGAUUUGGUAUUGGCCUAUCUGGACAUGGUCGCUACAGAAUUAUAACAGAGAAAACUCUUCUUGCUAUGCCAGAGAAUGGAAUUGGUUUGUUUCCAGAUGUUGGAUUUGCUUACAUAGCAGCACAAACUCCAGGAGAAGGAUCAAUUGGUGCUUAUCUUGGAAUCACAGGGACCAGGAUUUCAAAUCCAGCUGAUGCACUUUAUGUUGGUCUUGGGACACAUUUUGUCCAAUCUGGAAACCUGGGCCCACUUAAGGACACUCUGUUGUCAACUACAUUUUCUGAGGAUCCACAUCAUGACAUUGAAGCAAUAUUGGGGAAGUAUAGUAGCAACCCUGAGUCAGAGUCCAAAUUGAAGUCACUUUUGCCUCAUAUAGUUUCAACAUUUGGUGCAAAUAAAUCUGUUAAAGAAAUUACAGAAGAGCUGGAAAAGUAUCAGCAGAAUACUGAUGCAUCAGUUUCACAGUGGGCAACAGAUGCUCUUGUGGGGAUUAAGAAAGGAGCUCCAUUUUCUCUUUUCCUUACACAAACGUAUUUCUCUAGAGUUGCAUCUGCAUGCAGAAACAACCAACAUGAAUUAUCCACAUUAAAUGGUGUUAUGAAAACCGAAUACCGAAUUGCUUUAAGGUCUUGUAUAAGAAGUGAUUUUGCUGAAGGGGUUAGGGCAGUAUUGGUGGAUAAGGAUCAGAAUCCCGAGUGGAAUCCAUCAAGUUUAGAGGAAGUUGAAGCAAGUGAAGUGGAAGCUCUCUUUAAACCAUUAGGCUCAGAGGCAGAUGAACUUAGUGUUUGAGUCAUGGGGAAUUUGUCUUGGAAAAAUAGCAAGGAGACAUUUAGAUUAGCAAUUAGCAUUCUAAGUUCCAAAAUAUUUCAAGUUUAGCUCUUAUUGAUCCUUCAAUGUGCAUGUUGUGUCAAACCUUUUGUUAAUGUGCAAUGGAUAUAUUUCAUGCAUAAUUUAAGUAUUUGGAUGUGACGCAAAGGAAAAUAAAUAUAUGA